UCAGUUAGGCGAGGAACCCAAAGCAAUCGCGCAACCAUUCGCGGUACCAAACUCUUGCAAUGCUGGCCGUUCGGUAGCUUUUGUUUGAAAUUUCGAAAUAUUGACAUGUGAUUGGUUGCUCGUCGGUGCAUUUUCAAUUGUUCUGUGUGCGGUGCCAACUACGAAUAUGGCGCGGACUUGCACCAAAUGGAUAUUCCCCAUUGGGGCUUACUUCUUCAUCGGGUUCGUCCCUUUGGUAUGGACUCAGCUUCAAGACACGGACUUCAAUCCUCAAGUGAGCGCCACGUGUAAAGCCGACCACACAAUGAACAUUCGAGUGAAUUUCAACAGUUCUUUUCAUGGAACCAUUCAUGCUAGGGACUACAGAACCCCAGCCUGUAUGUCUGUAGGGGAUGGAGGCAAAUCGGUCACCCUCAAUAUAAGUCUGCUGGCCCCGCAAGGGUCUGCAGAAUAUUGCGGGCUGCUCGUUAAUAAUAAGACGCAAGAAAAGUCAGUUCCGGUUGCUGUGAGGAUUCACCGAACCCUCGAGUUGGCCAGCGAUAAAUUCUACGUGAUAACCUGCGGAAAGGCCUCGUUCAAGACAAACCAAUCUUCGCCUGUUUCACUUCAACUGCUGGAUGGUGAGCGAAGAGUCACUAGAGCGGUGUAUAGUAACCAGUAUACUCUGAGGAUCGAAAUUUCGAAACCCGACAGCUCAUACGGCUUUCGAGUGAAGAACUGCUUUGCCUUCAAUCGGGCCAACACCAGCGUGAUUCUAACAGACGAAAGAGGUUGUCCUGCUAAAGGCGACGCUAUUGGUGCAUUCACUUACAAUGAGGCCAAAGGAAUUGCUGACGCCCCGAUACGAUCCAUGUUCAAGUUCCCUGAGAGCUCAGAAGUCCAUUUUCAGUGCGAUGUGGCUCUUUGCAAAGGUGCCUGUUUGCAGCCCUCCUGCUCUGGAGACGUUUCCAACUCUUUGGCGAUAAAUAAUGACGAAGGAGUACUCAUGGCUGCCAAUACCGUGUUUGUGCUUGACCCGAGUGAAGCUCCUCUAGCUCAGGAAUUGUGCGAUGAAACAGGCGGAGUCCAUCCAAGCUGGUUAUUGUGGCUUUGCGUGGCAUUCGGGGUUUUGUUCUUGAUCAUGUUGAUCAUCAAUAUUUUCCUAUGCUCCGCCAUGACUUGUGCCUGCGCCCGAACUGAGAUAAUCGAAAAAGAGCCGAGUAUAAUUGAAGAUUACGACCCAUACCGCAGUUGGCAUGGAAGCCAGUAUGGUUCCAGAUAUUCGCUAAAUGGAGCCCCUCAGCACCCCAAAGGCUACACAUCUGGGGGCUCAACACUGAACUCAGCUAGGUCGAUUUCUUCCCAUAGCGAUCAUUAUGCCAUCGUCCAUUCCCGACCUGGAAGCAGGGGAUACAACACGAAAAGUCGGGGUCCUCCUUCACACAUUGGAAGUCAUUAUAGCGGCAAAUAAUUUAGGUUUUCGAGUGAAAUUUUGUGUAAAAACUACCUUUAGAAACUGGCAGCUUGUUGCUGAUGCUCGUUGAUUAAAUUGUAAAUAUUGGACAUGAGUUUAAGGAAAUUUGAGUCAUCAAAACUCUAGAAGAUUUGAUUGUUUACCGAAGAAAGCAAAACUGUAAUAGACGUUAAACUAGAAACGAUGUGGCAUAUAUUUGUAGUCUAAGCUAUUAAUUGUUACCUUUUAUAUUUUUAUAUUUAAUAGGUUUUCUGCAAUGUUUUAACUGUGCUGAUUCAGCAGCGAACUUGUAACCGGAUAAUUCUGUAAAUCAAUUAUACCUUAUUGCAUUACAAUUUGCAACAACCAUAUUGUAUAAAGUCUGAUAAUUAUGUAAAAUGCAAUUUUUCUCUGUACAUAGAGCGUUGAAUAAAUUAACUCUAUUAAUA